AUGUGCUACUACAGCAACUACUAUGGCGGCCUGGGCUGUGGCUAUGCUGGUCUGGGCUAUGGCUAUGGUGGCCUGGGCUAUGGCUGUGGCUAUGGCUGUGGCUGGGGUGGAUAUGGAUUUGGCUGCUGCCGUCCAUCCUGCUGUGGCAGAUACUGGUCCUAUGGAUUCUAUUAA